GUCAGGAGGACAGCGGGGCGCUAUUGGCUGAGCGCAGAGAUCUCCGAGGCCCACGCGCACAUCUCACCGGAGCGCCUCUUUACUCACUGAAUCUGCUGAAGCGUUAAGGACGCAGGAAGCGUUUAAAAAAGACAGAGGGGCCAAAAUGGACGUUUUCAUGAAGGGGCUUUCUAAAGCUAAAGAAGGCAUGGCGGUGGCCGCGGAAAAAACCAAGGAAGGCGUGGCGGUGGCGGCGGAGAAGACCAAGGAAGGCGUCAUGUUCGUGGGCAGCAAGACCAAAGACAGCGUGGCCACGGUGGCUGAGAAGACGAAGGAGCAGGCGUCUCAGCUCGGGGGCGUCGUCCUCUCCGGAGCCGGAAACAUCGCCGCUGCCACCGGCCUCAUGAAGAAAGACGACAUGAACACUGAGGAGUAUGGUCAGGAGGCUACUGAGGAGCAGAUGGGGGAGGCAAUGGUGGAUCCAGAGGGAGAAGCAUACGAUGAGAAUCAGCAGGAGCAGACCCAGGACUACGAACCUGAAGCAUAAAGCAACCAUUCCAACUUCAGCUUCAACCAGCAGCACAAUAAUGUUUCUAUCAAUAAGAAGGACAAAUGCUGAACUCAUCCCAAUAAACAAAAGAAAACAAAAAAAUACAGUUAUUCCUGCUGAACCAUGUUCUUCCUAUCAGAUCUCUCUAUAAAUAUAUAAAUAUAAAUAAAUAUAAAUAUACUUUUAUUAUGAUCUAUUGUAAAUGUCCUGUAGCGUGGUGAGUAUAGUUUUCUUUAUUGACUGCAGGGCGAAGCCUUGUCUCGUUUCCUUGAUUCCCUCCCAAUGAAACGCGACCCACUCGCCCAUUGUGGCUCUUUGUGCCUGUGUAUAUGUGUUUCUAUUUGUGUAAUAGAUGUUUCUGAUCUUCCAAUGCCAUAUUGGGGGUGAACAAAAUAUAUAUAUAUAUUCGGGUAAACAUAUAAAUAUAUAUAUAUUAUGUAGAGCUGUGUAUGAUGCCUGUAUGUGGGUAUUUAUUUUCUUUUUCAUUUAAUAUCAAAGCAAGUUGUUAUUUUAACGUUUUUCAAGUAAGAGUUUUAUACAUUGUAACUUUAUAGUUGCUUGUGAUAUCAUUCCAGUGAACUCUCUGUUGAAAAAAAUGGGCAGUUUGUAUCUGUUUGUGUGUUUGUGAGCGUGCGUUUGUGUACUGAAGAUUUUAAAGUCAGUGUAAAAGUGUCUUGAAAACGUUUAUGGGUGUCGGAAUAGUGCUUGACAAUGCUGGAAAUGUCGAUAUAAAGGUUUCUGUGUCACGCAAGACAAGCAAAUCAUCUGUAAAUAAAUAAAUAAAAACAAAAAAGUCAGAA